GCAUGUGGAGGCCACAGACCUUUUUCCUUCCUUAUUUUUUAACUGCUUUUCAGUAGUUUUAUCUUCGACCAGAGUCAGUGUCUCUACUGGUAGCAUGUGUGUGUCUACUAUUGAGAUCCAUGGCACAUCACAUCUACUAUUUUCUCAUUAGAGGUCUACUGAGCAGCUGCAGAGGACCCUGUGGCCUGUAGGGGGCGGUAGCGUCGUCUCUGUGUUGUGCUUUUUCAGGCCAAUUGAAAAGGAGUAAGACAGCCUGAGGUGUAGAGGAGGAGGAGGUGUGCGCCACUGGGCAGAGCCAUGAAUGCGCUCAGACCCGUCAUUCAGCUUCAGCUCCAGCGCAGGGACUCUUCUGGUUCUGUGGAGCAACAGUCCGUCCAGAAACUCUGACCUGCAGGACUUCUAGUCUGUGACUCGGACGGUCUUCAUGAAGUUUCCGAGCGGAGGAGCGGCGCUGCUGCUGCUGCUCGUUGGCCGCUGCUGCUGCACCGACCCCGGCAGAAGAGUCUGCCAGGGAAUGAGCAACCAGCUGACUCUGCUGGGCACUCGUGAGUAUCACUAUGGCAACAUGAAGAGGAUGUACUCCAACUGCAACAUCGUCCUUGAGAACCUGGAGAUUACCUACACUCAGGAGCACCAGGACUUGUCCUUCCUCGAGUCCAUCCAAGAAGUUGGUGGCUACGUCCUGAUCGCUAUGAACGAGGUGGCAACCAUCCCACUGGUCAACCUGCAUCUGAUCCGGGGACAGAACCUCUAUGAGGGCCAGUACGCCUUACUGGUCAUGUCCAACUACAACAGGAACCACUCGUCCCCGACACUCAACUACACCAGCGGGCUGAUGCAGCUGCAGCUGAGCAACCUGACGGAGAUCCUGUCAGGAGGAGUGAAGGUCAGCUUUAAUCCUCUUCUGUGCAACAUGGAAACCAUCAAUUGGUGGGAUAUCGUGGACAAAACCAGCAAUCCCAGCAUGGAUUUAAACCUGGACACGUUUGAACACCAAUGUAAGAAGUGCGACCCUGGCUGUUUUAACGGGUCGUGUUGGGCACCUGGACCGGAUCACUGCCAGAAAUUCACCAAGCUGCUGUGUGCUGAGCAGUGCAGCAGGAGGUGCCGCGGUCCCAAACCCAUCGACUGCUGCAACGAACACUGUGCUGCUGGCUGCACCGGACCCAGAGCCACAGAUUGUCUGGCUUGCAGGGACUUCAAUGAUGAAGGAACCUGUAAGGACACCUGUCCUCCUCCAAAAAUCUACGACCGCACGACACAUCAAGUGGUGAACAACCCCAACACCAAGUACACCUUCGGAGCCGCCUGUGUCAAGUCCUGUCCUCAUAACUACGUGGUGACAGAGGGCUCAUGUGUUCGCUCCUGCAGCACAGGAAUGCAUGAGGUAGAAGAGAGGGGGAUCCACCGCUGCAAAUCAUGUGAUGGAGUCUGUCCCAAAGCGUGUGAUGGAGUCGGAUUGCUGACCAACACCAUCGCCGUCAACUCCUCCAACAUCGACUCCUUCUUGAACUGCACCAAGAUCAAUGGGGACAUCAUUCUACUUGAAUCCUCCUUCAAGGGGGACCCACACUACAACAUCGGGCCCAUGGAUGCUGAGAAGCUGAGGAACUUCAGGACAGUGAAGGAAAUCACUGGUUAUCUGAUGAUCACGUCCUGGCCCGACAACAUGACGUCUCUGUCGGUCUUUGAGAACCUGGAAAUCAUCAGAGGAAGAUCAGCUGUUCAGAACCAGUACAGUUUUGUGGUGGCCAAUGUGGUGCAUCUGCAGUGGCUCGGCCUGCGCUCCCUAAAGGAGGUGAGUGCUGGGAAUGUGAUACUGAAGAACAACCCAGAGCUGUGCUACACCCACACCAUCAAGUGGUCCCAGUUCUUCAGAUCUGCGGCCCAGGCCAACCGCACCAACACCGACAUGUGCAAGCAGGAGAAUCAAACCUGUCACCACGAGUGCUCUGAGGACGGCUGCUGGGGCCCAGGGCCCACCAUGUGCGUCUCCUGUCUACAUGUGACUAGAGGGGCCCACUGUGUGGCACACUGCAACUUGUUUCAGGGAGAACCCAAAGAGGCCCAGAUCAACGGCAGGUGUGUUCAGUGUCACCACGAGUGUUUGCUGCAGACCGGCCGCCUGAGCUGCCGGGGCCUGGGUCCAGCUAACUGUUCCGAGUGUGCACAUUUUAAAGAUGGCCGCCAGUGUGUCUCCCACUGUCCACAUGGCGUGCCGGGAGACGGAGACACUCUGAUAUGGAAAUACGCAGAUAAGACAGGCCAAUGCCAGCUGUGCCACCAGAACUGCAGCGAGGGGUGUUCUGGUCCUGGACUGUCUGGAUGCAAAGGUGGUACCGGACACUCCUCGUUGGCAGUGGUAGUGGUUAGUGGACUUCUGAUUACUGUAAUUGUGUCACUGCUCAUCCUGGUGUUGCUACGGCGACAACAAAUUAAAAGGAAGAGGACUUUACGCCGCCUGCUCCAGGAGAAGGAGCUGGUGGAGCCGUUGACUCCGAGUGGUCAGGCCCCCAACCAGGCACACCUGAGGAUCCUGAAGGAGACAGAGUUCAAGAAGGACAGAGUGCUCGGCUCUGGGGCCUUUGGGACCGUCUACAAGGGUUUAUGGAUCCCUGAUGGAGAAAACAUCCGGAUUCCGAUUGCCAUCAAAGUUCUCAGAGAGGCCACCUCACCAAAAGCCAACCAAGAAGUUCUGGAUGAGGCGUUCGUGAUGGCGAGCAUGGAACACCCUCAUGUCUGCCGCCUGCUGGGGAUCUGCCUGACGUCCGCCGUGCAGCUGGUCACUCAGCUGAUGCCGUACGGCUGUCUGCUGGACUACGUCCGACACCACAAGGACCACAUCUGCAGCCAGUGGCUCCUAAACUGGUGUGUUCAGAUUGCCAAGGGGAUGAACUACCUGGAAGAGCACCACCUGGUGCAUCGAGACCUGGCAGCGAGGAACGUCCUGCUGAAAAACCCGAACCACGUCAAGAUCACAGACUUCGGUCUCGCCAAGCUGCUGACGGCUGACGAGAAGGAAUAUCACGCUGACGGAGGAAAGGUUCCCAUUAAGUGGAUGGCUUUAGAGUCAAUUCUCCAGUGGACCUACACCCACCAGAGCGACGUGUGGAGCUACGGUGUGACUGUUUGGGAGCUGAUGACGUUCGGCUCCAAACCGUACAACGGGAUCCCGGCUAAUGAGAUCGCCUCGGUGUUGGAGAGAGGAGAGCGGCUGCCUCAGCCUCCUAUCUGCACCAUCGACGUCUACAUGAUCAUGGUGAAAUGCUGGAUGAUCGACCCGUCCAGUCGUCCCAGGUUCAGAGAGCUGGUGGCGGAGUUCUCCCAGAUGGCCCGGGACCCGUCCAGAUACCUGGUCAUACAGGGCGACCUGCCGAGUCCGUCAGACAGGAGGUUUUACUCCCGCCUGUUGAGCUCAGACGAGGACGUGGUCGAUGCGGACGAAUACCUGCUGCCGUACAAACGCCUGAACCGCCAAGACAGCCAGCCCUGCAGAACAGAGAACGGACAUCCAGUUAGAGAGAACAGCAUCGCUCUGCGAUACAUCACUGAUCCAACUCAGAACAUGCUGGAUAAAGACUUCACUGGUCAUGAGUACAUGAACCAGACUGAGAGUGAAACCAGGCGGGAAAGCAGUCUGUCGGAUAUUUGCAAUCCCAGCUAUGAGGACCUGAGCCAGGGUUGGGUCCCACUGCCAGAGACCAACUUCUCCGGACCGGAGUAUCUGAACACCACCCAAAACUCGCUUCCCCUGGUAUCCAAUGACAGGCUGGACAAUCCCGACUACCAGACCGACUUCCCACUGCAGACUGGAGCUUUAACUGGGAACGGUCUGUUCCUCCCUGCGGCACAGAACCUGGAGUACCUGGGACUGGGAGGUGUGCUGUACACUCCUGUCCGGUAGGGGGCAGCAGCUUUCAGACAGUCUGACUGAAGCUGUUUUUCAUAAAUUGAGGUCUGAGAAACUCAGAGAGCUGGAACAGAACAAGAACCCAAACUGAAGCACUUCAUGUCACUUCAGUCAAAGCUCCAAUCUUUUGCUCUCAAGGAAGACAUAUUUCUUCAACUUAUAACUGACUGGAUGAUCUUGUGAAAAGUGGAGCCAAAAAUGACUCAGAUAAACUAUAAAAAACUGAAGCUAAUUCAGAUUUCGUUCAACUGUCCUACUCCACAAUGUGGGUUUGGAUGCUGCAUGACGAUCCAGAUCUCAGAGACUCAACGGGACAAAACUAAAUUAUUUUUGCCCUUCUGUUUUUAUCCUCCUGCCCCUGAGGGCUUCUAUUCUUACCAUUUGAAUCAAUGAGCUGAAAAUGUUUUUUCAUAGUAUGUUUUAACUGUCAGUCAAGAUGAUGUUUGCAACCUUAAAUCUUUUUUGGAAGAGAAAGGCUUAAAAUUAGGACUUUCAGGCUCAGCUACUCUACUCCUGAUAUUUUUACCUCAACCUUUGUCUCCUAUUUUAAAAAUCUGUGAGACUCCUAUCAAAACGCUGUAAUGCUGAAAACUAUGGGAUUCACUAAUUGUUCCCAGUCACCAGGCUAACCGCUAUUAGCAAUACAGGCUAACGAUAAAUGUCCCUGCAUGUUAUGCAUUUAAUCUCUAAAGAUCCACUCAGGCUGUAUAGUAAGGUUACACAAACUGUAUGACCAACGUAAUGAGAACCCAUCACAAGUCCAAACCAAGUUACUGUGACUUUUAACAUGUUUUAUACAAGAGGCAGCCAAAUUGGAUUUUGACGUUCCCAGUCAAAAUUCCAACUUAAUAAAUGUUCAAGUUACUUAAUUUGGACUCUGAUUCCGAUUUAUUAGUACAAAUGUAAGGCACCAUUACCACCGAAAGACACACCCACUCCCUCUGCUGGUACCAUGAGGGUGGUGCAACUAUAUCAAAAUACCACUUCCACAAAGAAUAGGUUGGUUUGCUGUAAAUAAUUCAAAUGUUCUUGUACUAAUAUAUUAUGAAUAUGAUGCUAUGUAGUGUAUGUAAAAUGUAACUUUAAAUGUCUCUGAGUUCAAAGCUUCUGUGAACUUUGUUUCUGCCAUGGAACUCUGAAGUGUGGACCGUGAAUCUGUUUCUGGACCGUUUCUGGACUGUAAAUCCUGUUGUAGACGGGAACCCUUCACUGAAGAAGAAAACGUGUGAGAACAUAAUCCUGGUUCUCAGCUAAACUUCACUGAACCAUUUCAGUCUAAACUGUAGCACGAGGAGAAUCUUCUCUUGUUGUCUGACUUGAAACAUUUGUUUGUGACGUGUUAUUGAAUUGUUACUGAGGUCCAAGAAUGUUUGCUUUACUAGAAACAAAUGAGCCAAACCCUGAUGUCCUGCUGCUGUUAAAUAUUACUGCUCGUCUCUGUCAUUAAAGUUUGUUGAAAAAGAAAAAACCUAGUUCAAAUUUUGA